UUUCGAUCGGAUGUCGCCUCCUCUGACCGGAUGGUGUUUGUAUAGAGGAAGUUUUGUUUGCGAGUUGUUUUCCGUCCGUUUUAGACUGAUUUUAGGUAUUUAGUUAAUGCGCUUAAAAGAACACGAUGUUAGUGUGAAUUGCCGGUAACUGUUCAAGUGUUAACGGGGAGAAUAAAGCUGUUUUUAAGCAGAAGAACUCAACACUUUCAGAGUAACCGGAGAGCAGCUUCCUAGCUAAGCUAACGUUACCUAGCCUAGCUAACGGCUAACCGUCAGACUGGUUCUCUCUCUGUGUGUUGUGAAGGAGGCUCUCUCCUCUCUCCGAGCUGAACUGAGCCAUGGGGAACCGGGGCAUGGAAGACCUGAUUCCCCUCAUCAACAAGCUUCAAGACGCUUUCAGCACCAUUGGACAGAGCUGUAACUUAGACCUUCCUCAGAUCGCUGUGGUCGGAGGACAGAGUGCUGGGAAGAGCUCAGUGUUGGAGAAUUUUGUUGGCAGGGACUUUCUUCCACGUGGAUCAGGCAUUGUCACCCGUAGACCUCUCAUUUUGCAGCUGGUCAACAAUAUAGCAGAAUAUGCUGAAUUCCUGCACUGCAAAGGGAAGAAGUUUGUGGAUUUUGAAGAGGUGCGGUCGGAAAUUGAGGCGGAGACCGACAGGAUAACAGGCUCCAACAAAGGCAUCUCUCCCAUCCCAAUUAACCUGAGGGUCUACUCCCCAAACGUGCUGAACCUGACCCUGAUCGACCUCCCGGGAAUGACCAAGGUUGCCGUUGGAGACCAGCCCGUAGACAUCGAGCACCAGAUCAGGGACAUGCUGAUGCAGUUCAUCACCAAGGAGAGCUGUCUGAUCCUCGCCGUCACCCCUGCCAACAUGGACCUGGCCAACUCGGACGCUCUGAAGAUCGCCAAGGAGGUGGACCCACAGGGUCUGCGUACCAUUGGUGUUAUAACAAAACUGGACCUGAUGGACGAAGGGACGGAUGCAAAGGACAUUUUAGAAAAUAAACUCCUGCCACUGCGUAGAGGCUACAUUGGCGUUGUGAACCGCAGUCAGAAAGACAUUGAUGGGAAGAAGGACAUUCGCGUUGCUCUGGCUGCAGAGAGGAAGUUCUUCCUGUCCCACCCUGGCUACAGACAUAUGGCAGAGCGUAUGGGCACACCGCAUCUACAAAAGUUACUCAACCAGCAAUUGACCAACCACAUCAGGGACACUCUGCCUGGUCUGCGCAGUAAGCUGCAGAGUCAGCUCCUCUCCCUGGAGAAGGAGGUGGAGGAGUACAAGAACUUCCGUCCAGACGACCCAACACGCAAGACCAAGGCCUUGUUGCAGAUGGUGCAGCAGUUUGGUGUGGACUUUGAGAAGUGCAUCGAGGGCUCUGGGGACCAGGUGGACACUAAUGAGCUGUCGGGUGGCGCCAAGAUUAACCGGAUCUUCCAUGAACGCUUGCCCUUGGAACUAUUCAAGAUUGUGUUUGACGAGAAGGAGCUAAGGCGAGAAAUCAGUCACGCUAUCAAGAACGUCCACGGUGUCAGAACGGGGCUGUUCACUCCAGACCUGGCGUUUGAGGCCAUCGUGAAAAAGCAGAUCGUUAAGCUGAAAACGCCCUGUCUCAAAUGUAUCGAUCUGGUCAUUCAGGAGCUCAUCAACACAGUCAGGCAGUGCUCCAACAAGCUGAAUUCCUACCCCAGACUGAGAGAGGAGACUGAGAGGAUUGUCACCACCUACGUCAGAGAAAGAGAAGGGAAGACCAAGGACCAGGUUCUGCUGCUGAUUGACAUUGAGCUGUCCUACAUCAACACCAAUCAUGAGGACUUCAUAGGCUUUGCUAAUCUUGACUACAGAAGGCUGGAUGAUGGUAGCCCCCCAGGGUACGGCAACAACAGCGCCCAGCAGAGGAGCACUGCUGCUAAUAAGAAGAGGGCCAUACCCAACCAGCUCGGCGGACUGGGAGAGGGCCAGGAGGAGAAGGUGAUCAGGAAAGGCUGGCUAACCAUCAACAUCAGCAUCAUGAAGGGAGGCUCCAAGGAGUACUGGUUUGUCCUGACGGCGGAGUCCCUGUCCUGGUACAAAAACGAGGAGGAGAAAGAAAAGAAGUAUAUGCUGCCCCUUGAUAACCUGAAGCUCAGAGAUAUGGAGAAAGGCUUUAUGUCCAAUAAGCACAUCUUUGCAAUCUUCAACACCGAACAGAGGAACGUGUACAAGGAUCUUCGCCAAAUAGAACUGGCCUGUGAUUCUCAAGAGGACGUGGACAGCUGGAAAGCGUCCUUCCUCAGGGCAGGAGUUUAUCCAGAGAAGGACCAGGCGGAGAACGAAGAUUCUGCCCCUGCGGACACAUUCUCUAUGGAUCCUCAGUUGGAGCGGCAGGUUGAAACCAUCCGCAACCUGGUGGAUUCGUACAUUGGCAUCAUCAACAAAUCCACCAGAGACCUCGUACCCAAGACCAUCAUGCAUCUCAUGAUCAACAAUGCAAAGGAUUUCAUCCACUCGGAGCUGCUGGCCUACCUCUACUCCUCUGGCGACCAGAACAGCCUCAUGGAGGAAUCGGCUGACCAGGCCCAGCGCAGAGACGAAAUGCUGCGCAUGUAUCACGCGCUCAAAGAGGCACUUCACAUUAUUGGCGACAUCAGCACCAGCACCAUCUCCACCCCGGUACCGCCGCCCAUAAAUGACAGCUGGAUACAAGAAUCCAGCCCGACCCCUCAGCGCAGGCCGCACCCUGCAGCCCAACCGGCCCCCAGCCGUCCGCCUGCUGUCCGGGGCCCGACACCGGGACCACCCAUGAACCCUUCCCCCGCCUUUGGAGUUCCGCUCAACCCCUCUCCCGCCUUCGGUGCACCACCAAUUCCCUCUCGCCCAGGCCCACCCAUCAACGCUUUCAACAGCCACCAGGAUCCCUUCAGCGCUCCCCCACUGAUCCCCUCCCGGCCAGCCCGCAUCCCACCCGGUGUACCCAGCCGAAGACCCCCUGGCGCUCCUUCUCACCGGCCCACCAUUAUCCGCCCUGCCGAGCCCUCCCUGCUAGACUAGACCUGUGGCCAAGUGUGUGUGUUUGUGUGUGGGUGUGUGUAUUCUGCACACUGUAAAGGCCAGGGGCGGGGGGCUCGAGGGGAGGGGCCGACUGAUAGCGGUGCAUAACAUGCAUCGUCCAGCCGUAUUAAUGUCUCUUCAAGCAAUGUAAUAAGCUGCUAAUACCAUCUUUAUCAGUGCACAUGAACAACAGAAAGCCCUUUAACCACUUGAAUAUUACAUUUGACUGCUGUGGAUAUAAAACCCAGCUCAUCUGUGGGAUGCAUUGAGCUUCUAUCAAUAGGAGAUGAUGUAUCAAAUUCAGUUCAAGAGCUUUUUUUUUACAAUUAUAACUGGUUUAUGUCUUCUGACGAGGUUCCCAGCAGAAGCUCAUUAAAUAACUUAUUAACCAUUACAAGCUGGCUUUCCUCUCCCCUCCCUCCACCUUUUUAGAUCGGCCCAAGUCUAGAUCUCUGUGUAAUAUACACACUUAACCUGUUGUUAAUGUUUUACUGGGUAUUUCCUAACUGAUUCAUACUGAAAAACAUGUUAUUUUUGGUGGUGUCGAUUACAUUUUUCCCCACUUGUGUUAUUUUAUUUGAGUGACUUUGUCCUUUUUAAUGAGCGUCAUAAAAAUGUAGCUUUAAAAAAUGAAAAAGCAAAGCAUAAAAAGUCACAGGAUCUGAUAGAGUAGCUUCAUCCCCCCUCCCUCCUUCCACAAUGAAAAGAUGUCAGCCAGAUUGACCAUUAUAAUCCAAGCACUUCUAGCCAUGUAGCCUUACAACAAGCCACUCACAAUAACGGGGAUGUUGUAGUCCGUUACCAGAACACUAUGCACAAAAAGACUCGGGAGAGGGGAGAGGCUGACGGCUGUCUGCACUUUGUGAGAUGCUUUCUCUCCAGUAAUUCCGCGUUGAAUUAUAAUCCCUUUAAGUCUCAGUUGAAUCCCGACGAGACCUUCAGCCUUCGGGUAGACUUUGUUCAUUCCUGGAUUCACAUAGAGCAGAGCACACAGCACAGUUUCCUCUCGGAGAGGAUAAAACUCGGCGAAGCGGUCGUGUAGUAGACAAGGACGUGAUUUAGAGUAUAAAGAUGGUAUUAAGCAUUUAGGAGUUGGCACAUCUCUUUCUGGGCUUACUUGUCAGGGUUUAUUAUUCUGCUUCCAUGCAUUAAAAAUAUUGUAUAUAGCUGGCCUAUACUGGGGGAGUUAGCACUUGUAUCCCAUUUAAUCGCAGGGUUGAUGACAAAAACUAUUCUAAUCAAAGCCCAACACGUUCAAAAUGUUAGUCGUCGUAUUAAAGGAAGCACCAACGCUUUCAUUUCAUAGCCUUGGACGUAGGGAAAAAGAGAUCGGUCAUCUCCUGAUGCGUUAUUUAUAACCGGGGGGCAUUUUGUCAUUUCUUUUGAUGUUUUUGGAGCAGCUCUGUACAACUCGGCUCCAAAGCUUCUCCUGGACUUUUAUUAGGGGUUCUGCUACAGGGAUUAAAUGUAUUCUGGGAGGGUCUGGACACAGUCUACACAGCUGUGAUUAUAUGAUGAUGAAUAUCUUUUGAUUGCUCUUUUGAAGGUAUUUUGAGGGGGAAACUGGUCAAGUGGGGAGUGACGCUGGGCUACUAGGAUGUUUUCUAUUUUAGGUUUGAUCAAUAGUGGUGGUGAGCAGCAGGUGGAGGGAGUUGUGGUGUAAUAUGAAAGCACACUCUGUCUUGAGAAAGCUGUCUAGACUCUUUUCUCACCACAGAGGAUAGACAUACAAUUAGCCGACCUGACGAGACAAAGAAACUGUAAAGAAUUGUCCCAAACCACAGACUCUUGAGACAGAGUGUGCUUCUUCUUCUCCUGUAUUUCUCUCCAGGUCGGGCUUUCAGUGACAGCGCCAGAAGGAUUAAAAUAAUCUUUGAAUACAGCCCUGAAUCUGAAUCUCAAAUCUUCCACAAACCCCGCUGGAACACAAAAGUUUGUGUGAUCAAAAACUUGUUAUUGGCCAAAGUCCCCUUGUGCCUGUCACUCGAGCCUGUCCUUGAGAAGCCCAGUCUGUAUUACGUAGGUUGUGGUUACACUGCUCUGCCUCCUUCCUCUUUCCAUCCCCUCCCCCCUGUCUGGAUCUGGUGGAAGGGGUCGGAAACCAACCUGUAAAAAAAAUCCCUUUUCUUUUAUGUUUUGCAAACCCUUGUCAAGUGCCUCUGUAGCAAUUAAUUGAUUUGAAUAAACAACAUGAACUGAUUUUAGGAUGGAGAGUAAAUAAAGAGGUGUUGUGUACAAUAAAGGGACUGGCUCUGGUG